AUGUCUCAGAGUCCUUCCUCAAAGAAUUCUUCUCCUAUCUCUGAAACAGCAUCAGGCUCUAGGGCACCAAAUGCUGUGAGCGAUCAAGAUGUUGUGCUGGAUGUUGUGCCAUUGAACUCUGUUCCUCCUUCCGAUUCUGCUCGCAGUCAACCAAGAAAGAUGCAUGCAAGAAAAUCAACCGGAGGAUCUGUCCCAGAAACCUUUUCUGUCCAGGGUAGAGAGGGGUCUUCCUAUGUUCAUAAUGCGAUUGCAAAUUUGGUCACCAGAAUCUUGAAUGAAGGGCGCAAAGUUGAAGGCAUUUCUGUUCCUCUAGCCCAAAUGCCUGCUUCCAAUGAAGAUCAAGGUGUGCAAGAUGAUGAGAUCCCUGUUGAUAAAGAUGUUAAGACAACUGUUGAUAAUGAUGAGACAUCUGCUGAGAAAAAUGAUGAGACUCCUGUUACUAAGGAUGUUGAGACAUCUGUUACUCCUCUGAAGACUGUUACUAAAGAUAAGAUGAAGAAAGUUCCUACUGGACCCUCAAAAUCUGGAAGCAAAGUUAGUGUGAAGAAGAGGAAGGAAAGAAGCAUUUCUGACUCUGAAACUGAUGUCCCAAGUGAUGUCCCUGACAUCCCCUCCAAGAAGAAAAUUGCUGUUACUAAAUCUGCUACAAAGCUCAUCAAAACUGCAGGUUUGAUUAAGACUGUUUCUCAAUUUUCUAAAUGUUAUGAAAUGCUGGUAAAAGAGUUCAUUGUCAAUUUAUCUCAAGACUGUGCUGAUGGUAGAACAGAUGAUUUUCAUAAAGUUUAUGUUAGAAGAAAAUGCAUAGAGUUCUCCCCUGCUGUUAUCAAUCACUAUCUAGGUAGAAAUGCUGAAGCUCAACCUGAGCUUGAAGUAACUGAUAAUGAGGUCUGCAACACCAUCACUGGGGGUAAGGUUAAAAAGUGGCCCAUCAAAAGCAAACUGUCUGCUAGUCUCUUGACUGUUAAGUAUGCUCUGCUGCAUAAAAUUGGCUCUGCCAACUGGGUACCCACAAAUCACACCUCUACCAUUGCUGUUGGCUUAGGUAGAUUCAUUUAUGCUAUAGGGACCAAGACUGUGUUUGACUAUGGGACCUAUAUUUUUGAUCAGAUUAUGAGACAUGCAGGCACCUCUGCUACUAAGCUUCCUAUUGCCUUUCCAUCCUUAAUAUGUGGAAUCAUCCUAAAGCAAUACCCUGGCAUCUUGAAAGCUAAAGAUUCUGUCUGCAAAAGGGAAAGUGCUUUGACUUUUCACUACAAGCUGCUUCAAAGGACUGAUGCCUCAACAUCUGCUGGAACAUCUCAAACUUGCAAAUCUAUGAAAGAGAGUAAGUCUAAACAAAGAUAUCAUGAAGAUCAUGAUGAUUAUCGUGUUACUACUACUAGUAAUGAUAUUGUUAUUUUACGUGAUCAUGAGUCUGUUAAUUUUGUAUCAGACGAGAGAAUGUGGGAUUUCUUCACAUCUUAUACUUCUGGUGAAUUUGAAGUGUUAAAAAUGGGUAAUAAUGGUGUAUAUAAGGUCAUUUGUGUUGGUGAUGUUUUCUUUCAAACCAACAUGGGAAUUUAUGACAAUCACUCUGGUUUUAGAAAGUGGAAGAAACUCGACAAAUGUAACUUUGUUGUGGCUAGAGGGGAGAAGCUUUCCAAACUAUAUUAG